AUGUUUUACAUCCUAGCAUCAAGGCUUCAACAAAAGGUUUUAAAUUUGAAGGAGUUUACCUUGAACUAUUCAGAGAGUGGCCAUGGCAAAGGGGCCCCUGAUGGCAUUGGAGCGACCUGCAAGAGAACCGCUGAUGCCGUCGUCGCUACAGGAAGUGAUAUUGACAGCUUGGAAUCAACCAACAGAAUUACACUAUCGAUAGACACGGAAGAAGGCGAACUAACAGUGACCUUCUUAAAAAUUUGUGAUGACAUAGGACACACAAUCAGAGUCGAUGAAAAUGAUGUUUCUGAUGUGCCCUUUGACCGAGUAUUAAAUAAGUUGCCAAACCCAGAUAUUGCCCUAAAAGGGAAACGAAUAUUUUAUUAUUUUAAUAUACCUGUACCUGUUUUUGAGAAAUAA